AGGGAGGGGGCCAGCCACACAAACAGAAAGGGGGAACAGGGGAAGGAGAGGUCCUCAGGGAAAAGCAAGGGGAGAGCAGCUCUGGGGAACUGAGGGGCCACCAGUGCCUGAUGCCAAGCAUUGCUGAAGGGUGCUGAGUGGGUACAGCCAAGUGGAGCGACUCGUGGUUCCCUCCCAGCGCUCAAGAUGAUGAAAAAGCAGAUCAAUUGGAUGCGGCAGCAGCUGUCCCAUCCCAACAUCACCGGCCGAGCCCAAGAAGCGACGGAGCUGCUGCCGGCAGAUCUGCUGCAGGUGAGGUGCGGCAGGGCCGGCAGGCGUGUGCCUGCUUGUGCCUGGGUGUGGGACCUGCCCCGCUCCUGCCUGCGGUUUGUCCUGCCAGCGCGUCCAAGUCGUGGGGCUGGGAUCUGCCCAUGUGCCGGAGGGCAGCUCCAGGACCGCAGCAGCCUCCUGCUAUGGGAAAGGGCUUCUCCGGCCACUCACAGAGGGAUGAAUCCCGACCAGGAGCUGUCCUCCCUUUUUGCUGGACCAGGGAAGAUCUGCGCUGCAGCAGGAUGCUGUGUGGGCCACUCACGCCAGAGCUGGGUGUUGGGGAAGAGAUGGCAUUGGGAAGCCCAGCCUAUGGUUGGCAAAAGAGCCUCUCCAUUCCCACCUUUCUGCCCUCAGAUCGAGCAGAGGAUUGAGCCAGCCAAGCGAGCAGCUCACAGCGUGUCCAAGAGGCUGCAAGCCUGCCUGCAGGGGCAGUGCGGCUCCGAGAUGGACAAGCGAGUGAAGAAGCUGCCCUUGAUGGCUCUAUCCAUGACAAUGGCUGAGAGCUUCAAGGAACUGGACACGGAGUCCAGCCUUGGGAAAGCCCUGGAGAUGGGCUGCUGUAUAGAAAGCUCGCUGGCCAAAAUCCUGGCUGAGUUUGAGAUCACCCUGGAGCGCGAUGUGCUGCAGCCACUCAACAGGCUCAGUGAGGAGGAGCUUCCCAUUAUCCUGAAGCGCAAGAAGACCCUCCAGAAGCUGAUUUCUGACUGGAACACAAUCAAGAGCCGGCUGAACCAAGCUGCCAAGAGCUCCAGUAACAGUGCUGGCACUGGUGCUGGCCCGGGGGCAUCUUCUGCUGCCAACAAACUGGAGAUCUUGAAGGAGGAGGAGGAGGAGGUGAAGAGGAAGGUGGAGCAGUGCAAGGAUGAGUACAUGGCUGACCUGUACCACUUCUCCACCAAAGAGGACAGCUACGCCAGCUACUUCAUCAAACUGCUGGAAAUCCAAGCUCAGUACCACCGGCAGUCCCUCGGAUCUCUGGACUCGGCUCUGGCAGAGCUGAAGGAAAGCCACAGCCAGACAGAGCCCUCCUUCACUGCAGACACCCCAGUGGUGGGGUACUACGGUGUGCCCCUAGAGACACACCUCAAAAGCUUGGGCCGGGAGAUCGCGCUGCCCAUCGAAGCCUGUGUCAUGAUGCUGCUGGCCUCUGGCAUGAGGGAGGAGGGCCUCUUCCGGCUGGCAGCUGGUGCCUCAGUGCUGAGGAAGCUGAAGAGCAGCCUGGCCAGUGGCUCCAAUGCGCUGGAAGAGUUUUACUCAGACCCCCACGCCGUGGCCGGUGCACUGAAGUCCUACCUGCGGGAGCUGCCCCAGCCUUUGAUGACCUUUGAGCUCUAUGACGAGUGGCUCCAAGUGGCCAGCUUAAAGGAUGAUGAGAGCCGCAUACAGAGCCUGCGGGACACCUGCAGUCGCCUGCCCCAUGAGAGCUACAACAACCUGAGGUAUCUGAUCAAGUUCUUAGCUAAGCUGGCUGAACACCAGGAGGUGAACAAAAUGACCCCCAGCAAUAUCGCCAUCGUGCUGGGCCCCAACCUGCUGUGGUCACAGCAGAGCACAGGAGACCCAAUGCAACUGGACUUGGCCUCGGUCUCCUCCAUCCAGGUGGUCAGUGUGGUUGAAGCCCUCAUCCAGCACGCAGAUACCCUCUUCCCUGGAGAGGUAGAUUUCAACAUCUCAGGCAUGUUCAUGCCACCUGCAAACAGCAGACUUAGCAAGGCCACCCCAGUGGAAGAGCUGACCCUUGAUGUCCCUCCAGCCAGCACCCCCACUCUCCCGGAUGGAGAGGUCACCUCGAGGGAUCCUGAGCCCAGGUCACCCCCAGCAGUGACCAGUCCAUCUCCUGAAGCGGCAGCUCCAACACUGACUGACGACACUGCGCGCAAAGGCAAGCGCCCGGCUCCAGCCCGACCCAUGAUGGCUCCACCACCCGUGGCCCAGCCCCGCAGCACAGCCCCUGCCCUGGCAGCCCCCAGGCAUGCAGGCAGCCCCAAAGCCCUGCCGCGACGGAUGGCCGGGGUGCCCAGCCGAGCCCCCUCCGUCCCACCGCCACUCCCGCCACAGCCAGCGAGCCGCCACAGCCACGACGCCCCAUCGCUGGCCCCCAGGCCUCCGCCCAGUGAGGCCAAUGCAGUGAUCACCACGGACUGUGCCCCCGGAACCGGGGAUGAGGGGCAGCCGCUGCCUGAGGCUGGGAGCCCCCUGACCUCAUCGCCCAUGCAGAACUGAGCAGCGAGCAGGAUGGGGAGAUGGGGUGCAGUGCCCCCCUGGGACCCAGCAGGCACUGUGGAAACAUUGGGGUGGCCUGAGGGAUGGCAUGCCUCUCCAGCUCCUCCAUCUUGUCUAUCGCCCGCCUCCCCUUACUCUCCCGUCUCCACAGCCUCCUACCCUGCACCACCAUGGCCCUCCUGGGCCCAGCCAUUGCUGAGGGACCCAGAGUCUCGCUCAGGUAUCCAUGGAGACCUGGGAGAGCAGGAGAUGGAUGGCGGGGAGGCAGUUCUGGGGCUGGCGUGGGCAAGUUCUUCUGCAGGUACACAGCACUCAUCACAGCCCCUUCUGCCCCAUUGUGC